AUGAAUGACUUAAGUGCUCUAGAAGAAAUGAUUGAGGAACUAAACAAUGGAUCAAGUGAAAGGGAAUCCAACACACAUAACAAUGUUAAGGAACAUAAACCAUCUUAUUUGAGUUUAAUAGAUAAUUCACGUUUUCCUGAUGACUUCUUACCACUAAUCAUGUUAUCAUUUGCAUUAUUUCUAAUUCUGGGUUGCAAAAUUAUUAAAUUAUUUGAUGUACCAGGAAACACACCUCACUUAAAAAGCUUAUUUUUAUUUUUGUGUUUUUAUUUAUCUUUUUAUCAAAUGUUAACCUAA